AUUUUUACCUUUUCUAGUAUUUUCCUGUAUGUAUACGCGAAACCAUAGGUUUUUCCUAAUAACAUCAUAUUUCCGCUUUGAUAUACAAACAUUUUCAUGUUUUAGCCAUUUUAGAGGACAUCCUUCGUUAAACUAAAGAUUUCACUGGACUAGUAAAUACAGUAUGUGAACAUUCCAAAGGAAUAGCAGAAAGAUGAACGAAAAUCAGAAUAAAAAAUUGCGAGAAAACCGUGUGAAGAUAGUAAGUGACCUUGAACCGAAAGGAAAAGUUCUUGAUACAUUGUAUGAAGACGGAGUUCUUACUGAAAAUGACCUUGAACUUGUGUCGUCUGCUAAGACAAGGAAAGAACGUUGUCAGCUGCUUCUAUCUAUUCUGCCAACAAGAGGACCCAUUGCUUACGGGUCAUUCAAGAAAGCACUAGAAGUUGGACAGUAUGAGUUUCUAGCAGACCAGUUAAGCAGUGAAUGCCAGGAGAUUCCCGAGAGUACAGACGUCAAACCUGAUAGUGAACUUUCCAGUCAGAGAUGGACUGAUACCAAAGCAUGUCAGAGAUGUUGGACUUUUCUUCAAAAGGUGAAUAAUGAAAGAACACAUAUAAACAGUAGUCUGCUUAGAAUAAUGACAAUGCAUUGUUGUCUCCUGCUGGACAAUAUCGAACCUUCUGACGUGAUCGAUCAACUGUUCCAAGAUCACGUGAUUACAGCAGACGAUAUUGGCGAUAUAGUAGCAAGUGCCACGAGGAGAAGUCGGUGUGAAACGCUGUUCAAAACUUUACUAAGUGUACAUGGUACCAGCAUGGUAGACAGCUUGAAACUGUCACUAAUGAAGAAAUAUUCCUACAUUGUGGAAAAGAUAGAAAAUGAUACCGAUGAUAAUCAGCCAAUGGGACAAUCCUCUAGAAGUCAAACCGCUCCGAGCAUUAGAGAGCAAAAUAGCAACGCUGAUGUCGUGAGUGAUGCCAACGCUCUUUUAAAAGCAACACCGUCUGUUGAAAGAACAGUACGGAAUUCUGCGGAUAACAUUAAAGUGGCAUUAUCUGUUUCGUCUGAUAUUCAACUUUGUGGGAAAGCAGACCCUAAUGUAAAUAAUAGUAGACAUGGGGAAGAAGAAACUUUAAAUACGCUUAUUGAUUCCAGCAUCCAUGCUAGUGAUAAAAACAUGACUGAUCUUAAAAUAACAGUAGAUAUUAAUGAUGCUUCAGUUGUAAAAAAUGAAGUAAACAAUCAUAGAUACGAAACACCCCUGAGCAAUGGAACUGACACUGUAGAUGGCGCUUUUGUCGAUGCAUCCAGAAGAUGGCGUCUUUUUGACAUUACAAACUCGUCCUGUGAAAAAGACAAUUUGAAUGAAAGUUCUUUAAACACGUCGGUUGAAAUCACUGCAUCGUCCAGUUUUCAUUCUCCUGUAACGUCCGUAACAAAAACCCAAGCGGAAGAAAAAACUAAAUAUCAAAACGCAAAAUCUGUCUAUGGGAAAAGAAAACACAAGAAAAGAUCGCAGGUGAAUGAUAUUCCAAAUUCAACAGACGUUUCGCAGGAACAUGAUAGUAAAACAGAUGAUCGAAGAGAGAUAGUACCUAAACAAAUUACAGCUAUUCAAAGCCAAAAGCUAAGCAAACGAUUGACCGUGGCGUUCAACUACUUGAGCACGCUAAUAAAUCAAGGAGAUUUUUCAAAAUUCGAAGAAACAUCUGGCAAGCUUCAAUCUCGAUUUUCUAGUAACUAUGACCUCAUGUGCAUAAUUGGUUACCUCCAGACAAGCAGGGAUUUGUUUCAAACAAACUUUGAUUCUGCAAAAUCUCGUAUCGAUUCCACAAUGGCUCUUGUACCUAAAACGACUAACCCUCGCUACUUCUUGCUCGAACUUUUCACAGCAAAAACACGAAUGUAUAUCACCCGGAAGAAGCUGGAAAAGCUUCAAACCACUCUAGACGAAGCUGUGAUGAUUCUUGAAACUGACCCUGUUGGAUGCACUGGAAGAGCAGCCGGUUGGCUGUACAUCAACGAUGCUCGAAACAAAACUGCUCAACUCUCAUGUCUGAAUCUACGGAGUCCAAACGCUUGUCAGGUCUACGAGCGUCUGUUUGAAAGCGCAAAAACAAGCUUCCAGAGGUCAAUGACGAAUUUUAAAAGAGAUGGCGGGAAAGAUGGACCAUUUGGUUUCGGUUACGCUCUGUGUCGAUUAGCCAUACUGUUGCUGCGAUGUGGAGACAAUGGACUUACGAUGAACUCUCUAACCCCACCUGCAGACGACAUUCAUACGGCUGGUCAGUACCUGAACCAUUUGGAAGACUCGGACAUUGCAAUCUCAAAAAUCCUCGAUAUGCAUUUUCGUUUAGCUAAAUGCGAUUUCCAGUUUAGACGGGGGAAUUUCGUGCGCGCCCUAGAGCAUGCGCAAAUAGGUCAUGACCUUGCAACUGAGCUGAGACUUUUUGAGUUCACAGAGCAUGCGUACAACAGAUUGUCUUUCUUGAAAUCCAAAUCACAACUAAAUUGUGUAGCCAACGAACUGUCGGAGGAAGAGGCACAUAGAAUUUUGUUCGAAGAACCAUCCAGCAGUGAAUAUGAUACUCAAAAUGACAAUUCAGUGUCUUAAAAUGCGUCUUAUCCAUGUAGGUAAAAUAAAAGCAAAUGCAGCAGCAAUGAUUUGAAAAUUUGUACAUAUACUGUAUUUUCUUUUUAUGAUUGCUAAAAUACUCCGUAUGUUUUCGCAUUGUAUUUUAUACUGCAGCAUGUACAUGGGCCAUAUAUGGCUUAAUUAGUACGUAAUACAGUUAUCUUAUAUGAAGCCUACAUACAUUAAUCAAAUUACUAUAAUACCAUGACCAGUGAAAACCUGUUGUGUUUAUUUGCCAGGAUGGAAGUCAUGUAUUUUUUUAACCAAAGGCUCAAUUUAGGUGAGAUAUUGUGAUUCCCCUUUGUCCGUCGCCUGUCUUCGUCCGUCGGUAAUAAAUGUUUUUCUUAUGAAAUCUAUGUCAUAUUAAAAACUGGGUCAUCUUGGUUGAUAAAUUAGGUCUGUUGGUGAAGUCCGACAUAGCAAAAUAUUAACUGUUUUAAAAGAGGCCAUAUUCUUGACCUGAUUUACAUGAUACUUUGUCGGAAUGUUUGCCCUUAUGAAAUCUAUGCAAGAUUGAAACUGGGAUCUGCGAAACUACUUGGCUAGAUCAUAGUAAAACACUGUUAACAAAGCCCUGAUCCUUGUGAGAAUGAGUGUCUUUAGAGAAUCUAAGUCUAGUUCGAAAGUGGACCAUCUUGGGUCAAAACUAUCACUAUGUCAAGUCAUAGAAAACUUUGUUAACUCUAUAUAGAGAGAAAUUUAUCUAACACAUGGUCAGAUCGUUUGUAUUUUAGAUUAAAUUUGAAACUGAGUUAUUCUAGUUUCAAACAUGAAGUCACAAGGUCAAAGGAUAUGAAAGCCAAAGGCGACCAUUUCUACCUUGUCUUAAUGUAAAUUUAUCAGAAUGUUUUAUUUGUGGAGUCUAGGCAAUGUUCGAAACUGGGUAAUCUUAGGUAAAAAGCUGUAUCAUUAGGUUAAAUCAUAAAAAAGCUUAUAAAUACAUUAGAGGCAACAUUUUUUAACUUAUCUUCAGAAACUUUUUUCAAAAUGUUUGUCAGAAACAGGAUGUCAUUUUGUCAAAUAAACGUUGUAAGUUAAAAUUUCAGAAGCCAUUUUUCUUUCUGAAAGCUGUAUCCAUGACGUUUGAAGAUGUAAGAAGUGAGUCAGGUGAACGAUACAGGAUCAUGGUUCUCUUGUUUUAUUAGCUCACAAACAUUGAUUGAAGAGAAUAUUAUUUUUUAAAUAAAGUAAUCUACUAUCAUAAAUUUUGAUAGUUGUUUCUGUCAUCAUUUUUUGGUACUUACAGGGUCAUAAUACCUUUAUUGGUGAUGUUUUAAUACAACAACAAAAAUAUUUUGUUAAAUGAUUUUCGAUAAUUGUUUUCUCUGAUAUUUGUCAAAAAAAUGAAUACUAAUGAAUAUAGUAGAUAGUUCAAUUGAA